CCCGCGCUCCCCUCAGAAUCUGAGCCAUGUAGCCGGGAGACCUCCGCCACCGCCUCUCCUCUCCUCCUGCCCGGGGAAGAGGAGGUGGGGCGACAGGAGGCUCCGCCGUAACCAACAUGGAGCCGGAGGGGAGCAGUGAUCUGUCGUACUCACCGCCCAGCGAAAUGGCCGAGGCUCCAAUGCCCAACCUCACCCCAAGGCAUCAGGAUCUGAUCCCCACUCCGUGCGGCCCUAUAAAACGAUGGUCAGAAUUGUCCUCUCUGGUCAAAAUCUACUUCUGCAUCACCCUCAUGUCACUGCUGAGCAUCAUGGGACUGACUCUGAAGAGCCUCGCACAGGAGUCUGACGAAAACUUCACUGUCUCCCUCAUCCAGCUGAUUGGCGUUGUGUUCUGCAUUUACUACGUGACCAGAGGCGUCCUGCAGGAGAACCGACAGGAGCUCAUGGCGUUCGUGCUGUCCGUGCUGUUGGUCAUGCUGCGCUCCCUUGUCAACUUCCUCGUGCUCUCAUCCAAGGAGAAGCCCCUGGAGAAACCCACCAUACUGGCCCGGUUUGUGGUGAUCCUGCUGGUCGGCAGCUUCGAUGCCAUCUGCGCGGCAGUCCUCAUCUGGAGCCCCAGCGUGAUGGCCUUCCGUGUGGGCGGGGCCCUGGAGAGCCUCCAGGCCCAGUACGUCAUGCUCAACCUCUGCUUCUCCAUGCUCACCUUUGACCUCCAGGCUCAGCUGUGCCUGUGUGUGCUGCUCCUGACCUCCGGCCUGUACGUCUCCUUGCAGAACAGCAUCAUCCUGACCCUCGGCGUGCUCUGGGCCGGCCUGAAGGUGGCCGUGGGCAUCGUCGCAAUUCUAAAAGAGCUCAAGGCUCUGGUGUGGAUCUUCGUGCUGCAGAACCUACCAGAAGUGGCUUACCUCUGCUACCUCCUCUACACGGUCUCCAAGGAGUGGGGCCACGACAGCUCUUACAUGGGGGAGGCGGCAGCCAUCGUGGGCUCCUGCAUCUCCGUGACCAUCAAGUCGGCUCUGUUCUGGGCCCUGUUCCACGUGUAUCACAGCUUCGGGCAAGGCCUGCGAGAGAGAAUGUUUUCUUCCUAUGGAAGAAUCGACGCCUAAGGAUUCCAGGCUUGGCCCGACCCGGAGCCAGCGAGCCCUCCAGCCGCCAGGACCUCAAGGACCAGGGGCGACCAGAGAGGGGCAGCGACCCUCGCCUGGGCCCCAGAGAGGGGCUGGAGGGGGUAAGACGUCGGGCCAACGUUCACCUCUGGCUACUCUCCACACUCGUGCCAACCUCCCUACCCUGUCCUACCUGGUCCGGUCUGGAAAUCCACCUCCGAUUGUUCCUCAA